GUCACUCUUGACUGCUUGAGUAGUUAGUAAAGAAAAUAGAAGGUUUUGAAAGUUGUUUUUCCAACAAAAAUUGAAUUAGUGCCUACCUUUUGUAAGGUAUUUGUGAAAUAAAACUGCCUAAAUUGUAUACAUCGCGUACGUAUAAAACCAUAGAUUUAUAUGAAACCGUGGUGACAAGAUUUGCGGAAAAAGUGGUUGUUGACAUAAACCAAUCCAUUGUAACAGCUCCAGUCAUCACCAAACUGGGAACGCACAAGUUGUGAAAUCAUGAACUCCAUAAAUUCCCUGAAAGCUUCCCCGAAAAAGACCCCAAUUACUGAUGACUACGAGAUUACAAAACAAGUCCUAGGCCUAGGAAUCAAUGGAAAAGUCGUGGAAUGCUACAAUAAGAAAACUAGAGAAAAAUUUGCAUUAAAAAUUUUGGUUGAGAGUGAAAAAGCCAAAAGGGAAGUCAAUUUGCAUUGGAGAGCCAGUGGAUGUCGUCAUAUUGUGAAUAUUAUUGAUGUUUAUGAAAAUAAAUACCACAGCAAUACAUGCCUUUUGGUAGUUAUGGAAUGUAUGGAAGGAGGAGAAUUGUUCCAAAGAAUCCAAGAUAGGCCAGAGGGAGCAUUCACUGAGAGAGAAGCCGCCCAAGUCAUGCAUGAAAUUUGUGUGGCUGUUAAAUAUUUACACGAUAGAAACAUAGCCCAUCGUGAUUUGAAACCAGAAAAUCUACUGUAUUCGAAGAAUGGUAAUUAUGGUGUACUUAAACUGACAGAUUUUGGAUUUGCCAAGGAGACUAUCAAUAAAGAUACUCUCCAAACCCCUUGCUACACGCCCUAUUAUGUUGCUCCUGAAGUACUGGGACCAGAAAAGUAUGAUAAAAGCUGUGAUAUUUGGUCACUUGGAGUCAUUAUGUAUAUUUUGUUGUGUGGUUUCCCGCCAUUUUAUAGUAACCAUGGCCUGGCAAUAUCGCCCGGAAUGAAAAAACGCAUAAGGACAGGCCAGUACACGUUUCCAUUGCCAGAAUGGCAAAAUGUUAGCCAAGACGCUAAAGAUCUCAUUAAUGGAAUGUUGAACGUCGACCCUGCCAAACGAUUGAUUAUCGAUGAUGUUAUGAAUAACAGAUGGAUCGCGCAAUACACAGCUGUACCCCAAACACCCCUACACACUCAUAGAAUGUUGAAAGAAGGUGAAGACAUGUGGCCCGAAGUCCAGGAAGAAAUGACUAGAUCCUUGGCUACUAUGCGCGUUGAUUAUGACCAAGUACAAAUGAAACCAUUAGACAAAUCAAACAAUUCUCUGUUAAAUAAGCGCCGCAAAAAAGUUUUCAUGGCUGUUAGCCCUAAAAAAGUUUAAAUUUCAUAUAAGUUGAUACAGAAAAGUGACUGUAAAAUGUUUAUUUAACACAACAAAUAUUGGUUGCUAUACUAGUCACUAGAACUGUUUUAUCAGAAAGGUAUUUUUGUGCAAUUUUCACAGGAGAAAAUCAUCUGUAUUUCUCACAUAGUUUAUUUUUUUUUUGUUAAAAAGUGUUGUUAGGUUAGUUAUUUUAUGUUAUGUAUUCUACACUUGACUGUUUGGUUACACAUAAUGUUAUUUGUAUAAAAUUUGCCCACGUUUCUCAACAAAAUGCUUAUAAAGUUAUAAGUAUGUGCACUGCAAAAAUUAUUAAACAUGUCCAAACAAUUUCUAUCCAAAGUGCAUAUUUUUGAUGGCCAGUGAACGAUUAUUCGUGCUUAAAAAAAGAUUGUUAAAGCGUCACAGAAUGACAGUUUUCGAUAAUUCUUGCAAUGCUUAAUUUUCAGUAAGUAGUACAAUUCAAGUUUACAAUUAAACUUGAGAACAUUAUUUUUCCUCUAAAAAUCUACCCAAAAAGAGUUUCAAUAAAAUCUAUAAAAAGAAAACUUCUUAAACGAUUUAUGUGAAACUGAGAAGCAGGGCGAGUGUAAACGUUUCUAGAAAAAUUUGUAUUUAUGUUUUUCAUUGUAUUUUAAUUUUGCAUAUAAUUUUAAUCCCUAAAAAAUGUGCAUUUUUAUCAUUGAAAAUUUAACAUCACAAAUCCAUAGAUUGUUGGCUUUGUCCUAAAAAUUGGACCCUAAUAUAGUCCUAUUGUUUUUUUUUUAAAUUUAAUGUGCAAUGUCUGUGGUAUGACUUAUGUAAAAAAAAAAAAAUGGUAAAGUUUGAAUCGCGUGCCUUUAUGGAAUACCUCAUGGAAUAUUUUUAAUAAUAAUUCAAUAAUAAGCCUGAACAAUAGUAUAUUUUAUAAUGGUAUUUAGACACAAAGUUCCUACAUGAUAAAUGUGAUCGGAAAAAAAAAAUACAAUUUAAAUCCAUGAGGAUAUUUCAGAGUUUGUAACCUGUUCUAAAUUAGAAUUUUUUCAAGGGGAAAAAAAACCUGAUGAAUUUUAAGAAGAUAGAUUUUUCGCCCAUAGCCUGUAGUUAGUACUAAUGUUAUUAUUAUAUUACAUUUUCAUAUUGAAAUGUAUUUCAUUUAGAGAUAUUCUAUGUAAAGAUUUAUUUGUCAAUUUCAAAAAGCUAGGUCACUAUCCAUAAAUCAAAAGAAAAAAAAAUGUGACUAAUUUUUUUUCUGUACAAUUUUCAUAAUGAUGAUUAAUUUAUAAUAACUAUUUAUUAAUAUGGAUUAAGUUGUUUUUAAUGAACAUAUUAAAUUAAUUGAUUGACAA